AUGGCAGGGCUGCUUAGUAUGUGGAAAAUGCUCUCUGCUUCCCCGGCAUACGCACCGCCUCUCCAACUGGCCCCUGCCGUCUCAGACGUCGAACGAGAGCUGCAAGCCUGUGCUGAACGUGCCACAAGACCGCGGAAAACAAACUUGGAUCCAAUUUCAAACACCACCAGGGAAUUGUUGGAAACGACGUUGAGGCUUGAUGCGAAUGCAUCGCACACUGAGCGAAAGAAAGAAUCUCAGACAAAUGGAAAAUCUCGCGAACCGUUCUUUAAAAGAAAGACCAAGGGGUUAGCAAACACACCGGAAGUGCUGCCCGAUGUGUUUGCCGACCGGUCUCAAAAGCUUGCCGGGAAUACCGUCCGCCCCUUGUUCUUCGUCGACUACAAGAAAGCCUUCGACAGCGUAGAAACGAAAGCAACGCUGUCAGCGCUGGUCGAUCAAGGCGUGGACGCGUCGUAUGUGAGGACGUUAGCCAAUUGCUACGAUCGAUGCACCACUGCAAAACAACUUUUCCACCGUCCUCUCACCAUAUGUAUUGGAAAAGGGGUACGACAAGGCGAUACUAUAAUGCCGAAGGUAUUGCAAUGGAUAAUGAAAUCACUUUCUUGGGGAGAAGGGGGACUCUGCAACCACCUGUUCGACUCCACAGCUCUUCAAGCGUUCUGUUACGCAGUUGAGACGUCAGGGAGACACACUGCCACGUCUAGAAAGUUACUCACUACCCACAGAGCCCUUGAGAGAUACCUUCUGAAGUUUAACCGGCGCACACAACACCUAGCCAGUCUUCGCAGCUCCGACCUAAAAGGAAUGUCCCGUCUUCGCGACCCAGCGGAAUAUAUAUUGAAAGCAAAGCAUAGGUAG